CACUGCUCCUCCGCUUCCUGACGCUGCUGCUGCACCCCUUUCUGACAGCUACUAGUACCGCUUUCUCGAAGGCAACUGGACCGUAGAGAAUCCUCGUUGUGGAAGAUUAAGAAAUAGCCUUUUUGUUUGUCGGAUUUAUUCAUUGUCUUACUUCGAAAGUUGUUUAUCGGACGAGAGACGGAUGGUUUUGGAAGUUGUUCUGAGGGAUACGAAAGUGUAAAGGAAGGUUUUCUUUUUUCUUUUUUGAUCCAAACACAGUAACAUAAGGAGACAUAUCUACCGUUCAUGGCUGCUGGGGAAGGUGCCCAGCUGCCGGCAACAAUAGCGGCUAGCCGGUGCGUGGAGAAGUCGCUUGAAGAGGCUGCCGGGAGCGGUGCUCUGAACUUGUCGAACCGUAAAUUGAAAGAGUUUCCCCGAACCGCCCGGAACUAUGACUUGUCCGAUAUUACGGCAGCCGACCUUUCUAAGAACCGUCUGUGCGAGCUGCCAGAGGAGCUGUGCCAGUUCAUCUCCUUGGAGACGCUCAGCUUGUACCACAACUGUGUUCGCUCCCUCACCCCCGACCUCUGUCACCUACAGGCUCUCACCUACCUCAACCUCAGCCGUAACCUCCUCUCCAGCCUGCCCCCCUCGAUGUGUCAGCUCCCCCUCCUGAGAGUCCUGAUCGUCAGCAACAACAAGCUGUCGGCCCUGCCCACCUCCAUACAUACCCUCACACACCUCCGACAGCUGGAUGUGAGUUGUAAUGGCCUGCAGUGUUUGCCUGUGGAGUUGGGUCAGUUGGAGUGUCUGAGAGACCUCAACUUGAGGCGGAACCAGCUCACCACGCUGCCAGAGGAGUUGUCCGAGUUACCCCUGGUCCGGUUAGACGUCUCCUGUAACCACAUCUCCCACGUGCCCGUGUGUUACCGCCACCUGCGUCAACUCCAGACCAUAGUCUUGGACAACAACCCCCUGCAGCAACCGCCUGCCCAGAUCUGCUCUAAGGGGAAGUACCACAUCUUCAAGUUCCUCAACAUUGUGGCCUGCAAGAGGAGCCAGGAGGAGCUGGAGAGAGCCCUGAGACCUACAGGAUUUAAUAGCUGUCUGUCGGACCAUGAGCUGUUCUCAGGUCAGUAUGGAGGUUUGGACUCUGGCUUCAACAGUGUGGACAGCGGCAGCAAGAGAUGGUCUGGGAACGAGUCUGCAGAUGACUUCUCGGAGCGGUCCCUGCGUAUUGCUGAGCUCACCAGAGACCAGAGGAACCUGGAGGAAGAGGUGGAGGACGACUCUUCCCUCACAGAGACCCCAGACACGGUGACUGGGGAGGCCAAGCAGGUGGAUUUCAUAGACCGCAGCGUCACCGAGGAGAAAGAAGACUGCAGGACGAAUCGUCCCACUCCCCCCCUCACAGCACCCCCGCAGGAGAACGCAGAGGAAUCGUCACCACCACCCCAAACACAAGACUCUUCUAGAAGCAGGUCCACUGUCAGUGUGGAGGUAGGAGGGGGGCUGUCGCACCCGUCCCCCUCCAGUCCCACCCUGGAGGAGAGGAGGAGACCAGGUACUCUGCUCAUCUGGCAGGAGAGAGAGAGAAUCCAUCAGCAGAGAGACCACACGGCCAGAGAUAACGGUUUACUGAAGAUUACAACGGCCAAAACAGGAAGUCAUGUGGCGACGAUGUCACAGACAGGAAGUAGCUCGAGUGGUAGUUCACCAGAGAACAACCACUCCCACAACGGCCUCAGACAACGAUGUGCGAGUGCAGAUCAGAUGUCAGUGUCUCACACAUCACCGGUUCAGCGCUCUGUUAGCCGAUCAGACGCUCCGUCGUCUCCCAAGGCGGCGUCCCCUCCAGGCCUGAGUCAGAAACCCAACAGUUUCCUGUUCCGCACCUCGUCCCGCUGCAGCGUCAAGAGUCAGUUCUCCAUCUCAGGCUCCACACAGAGUCUGGUGGAGGCAGGCCGCUCUGAGUCUCGCUCCGUGUUGAGACCAGAUGUCGUACAGCUACGCAAGACUCUGGAAUCGAGGUUAAAGACCGUCCUGCCAGAGGAUCUAGGUGAGGCGUUGUCCAAUGGAACGGUCCUCUGCCAGCUGGCCAAUCACGUGCGGCCUCGCGCUGUGUCCAUCAUCCACAUUCCCUCCCCAGCAGUGCCAAAGCUGAGCACGGCCAAGUGUCGUCUCAACGUAGAGAACUUCAUCUCUGCUUGCCGAAGGCUGGGGGUCCCUGAGACGGAGGUGUGUGUGUUGUCUGAUGUGUAUCUCUGUAAGCUGCCUGCUGUGCUGCGCUGUGUGGAGGCCCUGGUGAAAUGUGAGGUAGAGGGGGACACCCCCUACAACACCUGCUCCUCACUGCUCUCAGAGGGCUUCUUGAUCUUCUACAGCCUGGUCAUGAUCCUGCUGUACACACUGUACUACCAUCUGGUCUCAUAGAUACUGAGGACCCUGUUCUACACUGUACUACCACCUGGUCUCAUAGAUACUGUGUGUGUGUGUGUGUGUGUGUGUGUGUGUGUGUGUGUGUGUGUGUGUGUGUGUGAGCACUCGGACUGAUGUGAAUUUGACCACCUAAUGCGAACAUUCACAGACAACCCGGACUUAAAUAAUCCACCAUAAAUUCCAUAAAAACACACACACACACUCACGCAGCUGUCCUGGCAUGAGGUAUGCAGGGUGAGAGACGAGCCUCACAACACAGGAAGGACUGUCAGCUGCCCCCUCCAACCUCACAGCUGCUAUCAAAAUGUACCCAACGUGACAGUACACACACACAGCCACAGCAGAGCACACUGUGUGUACGUACAACAGCUGGUGUGGUUGAGCACAACAUGGAACCAUGUGAUUCAUAAAAUAACCGCUGAAUUCAUGUCCUUUUAAAGUUGAGAGAUUGGCUCUGACCCAUGUUUAUGUUGUCUGAAAUACCCUUUAGAUAAAAGGGCCCUUUGAACAUGACAACCUAUGUGAAUGAUUAGCAGAGAAAUACAUUUGAGUUAAUCCGUUACAGUUCUAAUACAGAAACUCACAUAUAUAUUUUUAAAGGGCUUCCCUACAUGACUGCUUUUACCCCUCUAAUGCACAGCAUGUCUCUCUGACAAUGUCCUGUCUGACGAUGUCCUGUCUGACGAUGUUCUGACGAUGUCCUGCCUGGCGAUGUCCUGUCUCUGUGUCUGACGAUGUCCUGUCUCUGUGUCUGACGAUGUCCUGUCUCUGUGUCUGACGAUGUCCUGUCUC